UCUCUCCUUCUUGAUCUCCCACAAUUCAGUGCUGAGUGUAUGUGUAUCGUUAUCGUGAGUAAACAAAAUGGCUAAUGACGAGAAGACUGUGGAUUACUCUGGGAAGUUCGAUCCCGAGUGGUACAUGGACACGUUUUACAGCUCUGUGAUUGGUCAAGCCGCCGAGGGCAACCUCUUACAGUUCGCCCUGGAGAAAUACCACGACAUAUUUCACUCAGGUGAUGUGAAGGGACGCAGACUACUGGACGUAGGGACGGGCCCGUCAGUACACUCCGUCAUCAGUGCCUGCCGCCAUGUUGAUGACGUAUAUCUCACCGACUUCGCCGCACAAAAUAGGAAAGUGCUAAAUGAUUGGUGGAAAAGUGACAAAACAAUGACUGAAAAUAUCACAGAAUACGUUUUGGGAAAGGAGCAUUCGAGACAAACUGUCCUGGAGAGACACAGCAUGAUGAAAGAAAAAGUAAGAGAUGUUUUUCCAAUUGACGUCAACAUGGCGGAUCCACUUGGAAGCGGAUGUGACGUCAAUCAGUUUGAUAUUAUCACCUCCAGCCUCUGUUUGGAAGCAGCAGCCCAAACGCUUAACCAGUAUCGUAGCAACGCAGCAAAUGUAUCUUCCUUACUGAAGAGCGGAGGACAUUUUAUCCUGAAUGGUGUACUGGAACAGACCUGGUAUCGGGUAGGAGAGGCCAAGUUCUCGUGCGUGAAGCUCACGCGAGAUGAUGUAGAAUCGACGUUUGUCAGCUGUGGGUUUAAUAUUCAGCUUUUUGAUGAUGUGAAAUUCAAAUCUAAAGAAGAUGAAUAUUCAGACUUUCACGGAUAUUUUGUCAUGCACGCAAUAAAAGAAUAAGUUAUUCUCUACAGAGUCUAGAGAAUGGACCUUUUUCAUUGACAGUAUAUACCUGUAAAUCCAGUUUAAACAGCUACCAUCAGGAUAGGAUUAAGAGAGUAAUGUCAGGGAGAAAAAGUGCGAGGCAGCCAUUGAGUGUUGUGUUUAAAAUAAAAUCUGUGACUUUUUA